AAAGUGGGAGCAGAUCUAUACACGGCGACUACUUGAAAGCACGAAGAGUAUUGUCGACGAGGAUGUCAUUGCUGAAAAGCGGAAAGUGGAUCAACUCGAAGAUUCUAGCGACAAUCCGCUAAUUGUCAAGGAUUUGGCAAAGGCGUACACUAAGAAGGCGCUUGCAGUACAGAACGUGUCUUUUGCCGUUGAUCAUGGCGAAUGCUUUGGUUUGCUGGGCUUGAAUGGUGCCGGGAAGACAACGACCUUUGCUAUUUUGACACAAAAGAUCCGACCAGGUUUUGGAUCGGUACAGAAUUCACGGAAGGCGGAGAGGCUUCCAUUCAAAACGUACACAGCCAUUAGGUAG